AUGUCAAUGAGGACAAAACACGGCGUCAAGAAAGGUGUGCUUACUGGUGUGUGGCACAUUCCCAAGUUGACGCGCAACCUGUUCUUUGUGGGGCGUUUUACGAAGGACAUUGGCCCCGUCACAUUUGAAAGUGACGGGUGCUUUGCUAAGUCAAAGAUUGUGAAGUGGCAGCUGGGUAUGCGCAAGGGAAAGGGCUUAUUCAAGUUAUGCAUGACCCCGCUCAUGCCAGAUGAGGCAAAUGCGUCAAGUUUAACCGGUAUCAAUGGGACCAACCGGUCGUACCUCUGGCAUCUUCGACUCGUCCAUAUUGGCCAUAAGGUCUAG